AUGUGUGCUCUACUGAAUUUUGAGUGUAUAGAGGCACUGUUGAAGAAUGAAACUGAAACUGGAACAGAGACAUUUAUGGGCAAUGGCACAUGUUGGAUACCUCAGUCUAUCUCACUGACCUACAUCGUCGUUGUGUCUUAUUGUUUGAUCAAGGGGAUAUAUGGGGAAAAACGCAACCGCCGUGACCACCGUGAUUAUAUUUUACCCGGUCCCAAUGAUCUAUCGUUGCUAUAUGGACAGGCCGAACAUCGGUCUGAGGCUAUAUGGCAACAGAUUAUAGAAAGUGGGGCGAUAGGUUGCCGAAGAAUGGGUACAAUUUUACAUUUGGACGAUAUUCCAGAUCAAAUAAUACCUCACCUGUGGUGGACGGGUUUUUAUAGCGUAAUACGGUUAGGUUUUUUUGCAUUGGAUUGGCACUUAAUUACAGCACUUGUUGAGCGUUGGCGACCAGAGACACGUACAUUUGUGUUUCCUGAAGGAGAAAUGACCAUAACCCUUCAGGAUGUGGGGCUAAUAACCGGGUUGUCGGUUAAUGGUGCAGCUGUAACAGGCCGAUCACACCACCAUUGGCCAUCAGUUUGUGAUGCAUUAUUAGGUGUCGUUCCACCUAAUAAUGCCAUAAGAGGGUGUUAUCUGAAAAUGAUUUGGCUAGCUGAGGAGUUUACUCAACUUCCAGAUAAUGCUUAUGAGGAAGUAGUACGUAGGUUCGCGAGAGCAUAUAUUAUAAGGGUCAUUGGAUCCAUUUUUAGUGAUACAUCUGCUUCGCAUGUAAACCUAAUGUUUUUACCUUUGCUAGUCGAUCUUGAAGAAGCCGGCAAUUAUAGCUGGGGUGGGGCAUAUCUGGCAUGA